AUGGUGGAUUAUUACAAAGUCCUUGGACUGCAAAAAAGUGCCUCACAGGAUGAUGUUAAGAAAUCCUACCACAAACUGGCACUAAAAUGGCAUCCUGAUAAGAAUCCCAGCAACAAGGAGGAAGCUGAAAAGAAAUUCAAAGUAGUCGCUGAGGCAUACGAGGUUUUGUCUGACCCUCAGAAGCGAUCGCUCUAUGACAGGUCUGUUAAGGAGAGCAGAUCCCGCAGAGGAAGAAGUGCCAUGGGGGCUCAGAACAGCUCCUUUGAUUCCCCUUACAUAUUCCAUGACCUCGAGGAGAUUUUUAGGGAAGUCUAUGGAGGGAUGGAUCCCUUUGUACAUGCUUUCUGGGACCCCUUCGACAACAUCAGAAACAACGGUGAAAACUGGCACAGGAGAAGUGGAAGAGGAAGAAACUCCAGACUGUUUUCUGACUUUAUGGAGUCAUUUAUGCCAUGGAAUUCAUUCAGCCCCAGUGAGCAGCCCACCUUCUCCUUUGCUGAGGACGCAGCUGGGCCACACAGUGUCAGAUCAGUGUUAACCACUACUGAAGUGAUCAAUGGCAAGAGGAUUACCACCCGGAAAAUCAUUGAGAACGGGCAGGAGAGAAUAGAAGUGGAAGAAGAUGGCCAGCUGAGGUCUGUGACAAUAAAUGGGAGACAACACCUGAAAUUAUAA